UUCGCCAGAAUCAUGUUGGGUAUAACUUUGAAUCAUGAGAACAGAGAGUUCAUCUGGUGUUUCUAUGAAUAGAUGAAAUAUGUUUCAUAAUAAUGAGGAGACUACUGUAAUCUGCAAAAGAGGAAUGCGUCGUUUGAGAUCAAGUUAGGACAGGACGAGAGGGUGGGUGUGUAGUGAGGAUUAGUAGUGAUACAAUGGUUAGCUGGCUUCCUCUUUUUUUUCCGCUGAAGUAAUUUACACCCCCCAGGCUUAAGUCUUUUUUUUAUUUGACCCGCCCCGAUGACUGCCGACACAUACUAAAUAACCACAUAAAGAUCAGUCAGUAGGGCACCAGUAGCACUGUGAACCAGGGCAUCAUCGGUUAAAGAUAUAGAGAUAGGUCUCAUGUUGUCUCUUAGUCUGAGGAUAUAUUCUUCAUCAUGAAUGACAUCUACCUUCCAGUGAACUUGAAAUGCAGUCUGGCCUUCACUCUGUUAUUAGCAGUUUCUGUAGCCUUAGCCAACAUUAGGCUCAUGAAUGGGACUCAUCGGUGUGCUGGAAGAGUUGAAGUUCUUCAUGAUGGUCAGUGGGGUACCAUUUGUGGAGGUCAAGCCUGGAAGGGCAAGAAUCCUGAAGUGGUCUGCAAAGAGCUUGGCUGUGGGAGAGCUCUUCCGACACAAAGUUCUACCAGAGAGGUAUCUCAGCAUGUUUGGCUUGACCAGGUUGAAUGUGAUGGAAAGGAGUCUACACUGAAGUACUGCGGCCACUGGCCUUGGGGGAGCCAUAAGGAUCGCUGUGAAAACAGCAAUGCAAGGGUUCUCUGCUCAAACGUCCCCGAUUCAGCUAAGGCAGUGAGGCUGGUGAACGGGUCUGAUGGCUGUGCUGGCCAAGUGGAGGUUUAUCACGAGGGACAGUGGGGCGCCGUGUGUGAUCAUAACUGGAAUAUCACCGAUGCUGAAGUGGUUUGCCGAGAGCUGGGCUGUGGCUAUGCCCUCGAAGCAUCCAAAUCUGCACGGUUCGGACGGGGAUCAGGGAAGAUCUGGUUAGAUGAGGUGAAUUGCAAUGGAGUGGAGCCAACACUGAAGAACUGUAGUCAUAGGGGUUGGGGAACUCAUGACUGUUCACAUGCUGAAGAUGCUGGGGUGGUCUGCUCAGCUGUGAGGCUGGCGAACGGGCCCCACCGAUGUGCAGGCAGAGUGGAGGUUUUCCACAAUGGAGAGUGGGGAACAGUGUGCCAUGACUUCUGGAACAUGACUGAUGCUGCAGUGGUCUGUAAAGAGUUGGACUGUGGGGAAGCCAUUGAAGCGCCACAUUCCGCUCAUUUUGGGGAGGGAACAGGGAGGAUUUGGCUGGAUGAUGUGUUAUGCACUGGGAAGGAGUCCUCACUGAUGAGCUGUGGUCAUUUACCUCUGGGGAGCAAUAACUGUGGUCAUAACCGGGAUGCUGGGGUCAUUUGUACAGAGUGGAUCACUACCAUGAUAGAAUGCGAGGAUCUGAAGUGUAAACUCCAGUUUCUGCGUGAACUGCAGGAGAAAUCAUAUGUGUCCACAGUGCUUCCAGAGCAGGUAGUGUCAAACGCACUGGAUAAUUUACUGAAUAUUAACCAACGGAAUCUGACAUUACAUGGGGGUGCUGUGCUUCAAUCUGCCGAGUGGCUGGCGUCUACACUGGUGCGACCGAGUCUCACCAACAAGACCAUUACCACAAGCGCCACAGAGUUACAAAUUGUGAGCAUUGGACCGAAUUCCUCUCGAACAGGACCCUCUCAACUGAGGACUUCUGAUGCUCUUCUAGACAUUGACCUCCUUGGAAUCGCCCAGAAUAACAAUGGUUCUGCAUCUGUGGUACUGAUGUCCUACAACAAUAUGCAGGAUGUCCUUAAGGCCAGUCUCUUCAAAACAGAAAAUGAUACAGUUAAGACCAUGUUGUCCAAAGUAGUAUCCAUCAUCUUACCAAGAACUCAGGACAAGACACUAACUGAUGGAGUGAACAUCACCUUCCAACACGUCAAACCCUCAGGUCCAACGGGGGAGGUGUCCUGCGUGUACUGGAAUGUCAGUUCUUGGAUAGAGGACGGAUGCCAAGUCAGCCAAACCAACCCCGGAUUCAUUGUGUGCACCUGUGUCCACCUGUCCACCUUUGCUUUGAUCAUGCAAACAGAGAAUAAUUACCAUAUUUACAAGAGAGAUCCAAUCUUGGAGGUACUGAAUACCGUCUUGGUGUCCAUCGGGUUGCUGUUCCUGAUCGUGGCUGUGUUGACCUUUGCCCUCUGCCAUUUCAACCCAAGAGUGACCAACGCAGCUCGUCUGAACCUCUGCACCUGCCUGCUGCUAGCUCAUUUCUUGUUCUUGUGCACCCAGAACUACCUGCAUCUUAUCCAGCCUAACCAGGUGCUGUGUAAGGUGCUCUCAGGGGUCCUGCACUUCCUCUUCCUGUGCUGCUUUGUGUGGAUGUCCAUGGAGGCCCUGCUGCUCUUCCUGUCCGUCAGGAAGCUCAGACAGGUCAAACCCAAUGAUCGGGCGGGGCCACACUGGAGGUACAAGCUCCUGAUUGGCUAUGGAAUUCCACUGGUCAUUGUGGCCGUGUCUGCCGGGGUGAUGCCAGAUGGAUACGGAAGUCAGCAGUGCUGGCUCCAGACAGAUGAUGGGUUUAUAUGGAGUUUCCUUGGUCCUGUUUGCGUCAUUAUUACGGGCAACAUCAUACUCUUCGUUGUCAUCACGGUCACUCUCCACUCCACUCUAAAAGAGGCACGCAGUGAUGUGUCUAAGGUGAAAUACAACAGAGUCCUGCUGUUCAAAGUCAUGGCUCAGUUUGUGAUCCUCGGUUGCCCCUGGAUACUUGGCCUGUUCACAGCCAGCAGCAAGGUCUUGGAAGUUAUCUUCAUAAUUCUCACCUCGCAACAAGGGACUUUCAUCUUUCUUGUCCACUGUCUCCUCAAUGAAGAGGUGAGUUAGCCUUUAUCAUCUGCUCAGUCUGCUGUAUAUUAAAUAUAUAUUUGAUAAAAUCCCAGUGUAUCUGUAUCAGAUCCCUGGCUUCUUUUGUUUCGAAUUCCAGAAUACUCAUUGUUCCCUCUCUCAACAUCUCCCCUUUCUUCCCUUGCUUCUCUCCCCAGCCCUAUGGUGCUGUCAUAAGGUUUAUAAGAGGCUCAUUUUCUUUAUAGUUUGCGCCUAUUUUUGAACAGUAAUGGUGUCACUGGCAUGUAACAUUUAACAUGUACAUGUAACAUUAUGUAACAGUUAGUCGACAUGUUGUACAAAAGUCAAACUCUGGUAUUGGCAACAACGUGUGUGAGUGAGAUGUACUAAGUAAUAACUAAGAACUAAACUGCAUGCGUAACACGAGCCAUGUUCUCUUGUUCUUCCCAGGUGCGCCGUCAGUACAAGCUUUGGUGGCAGAAAGUGAGUCCAUCUAAGGAGCCUGGGCAGACCACCACCUCCAACUUGGUAUUAAACGAGUAUGAGAGUGCCAGCGAGAGUACAACAUGUGGAACGUCAGGCCCACAAAAGACACAACACGAUUGAAUCUGAAACAUUAGGCUCCCUAAGGAUUGUAUUUUGGCAUUGAGGAACAUUAGCUGAAAAUACUUAAACUACAGUCCGAAACUGGUACUGAGGAUAUACUUUCUGUAAAAUGCAAGACAUUUACCAUAAGGGCCGAUAAGACCACUUCAUUUUAUGUCCAAGUUUUAUUCUGAGGUAGAAAUAUGCCACCUUGGGGCUUGGGAUGGGUAUCGUUUUUUUUUUUCCGAUACCGGUGCUAAACCGAUUCUUUUAAAACUAUACUGGUGCCUAAACGGUUCCUGAACCGAUACAUUUUUUUUUUUAAAGCACAAAGCGACGAUUGACGACAUUAAAGAAAGGCUUUUUUUAUUGCCAAGGCAAUUUUUUUUCUUAAAAUUGA